AUGGGCUACGACUAUGCGCUUGUACACGUCAAGUACACGAUUCCUCCCGCAAUUGCCUUGACUAUCCUCUACCGACCUCUGUUGACUCGUCUUGACGUCUACAAGAUCCUCUUCCUCGUCACCAUCGCUCUUGUCUCGACCACGCCAUGGGACUCUUACCUAAUCCGCACUCGUAUUUGGUCUUAUCCUGAGGACGUUGUCAUUGGUCCCAAGCUGUUCGACAUCCCAUUGGAAGAGGUCUUCUUCUUCAUUGUCCAAACAUACAAUACUUCGCUUCUAUACCUGCUUCUCAGCAAGCCUACCUUCCAUCCCAUCUAUCUGCGCCGUCAGGACAAGAAUGAUCGCUGGAAGUACUUCAAGCUGGCUGGGAAUCUCCUUCUUGGUUUGAUCUUGAAGAAAGCUAUCAACUUGAUAAGAGAUGAAGGCGCUGGUACAUACAUGGGUCUGAUCCUUGUGUGGGCUGUUCCGUUCUUGAUCUUGCUGUGGUCCCUAGCAUAUCAGUUCAUUCUUGGUCUGCCCGUUACCAACACUCUUCUGCCAAUUGCUCUCCCAACUUUGUAUCUCUGGAUUGUCGACACACUGGCUCUUCGAAGAGGCACAUGGGUAAUUGAAGCCGGCACGAAGCUUGGAACACAUCUUUGGCCUGGACUCGAAAUAGAAGAGGCCGUCUUCUUCCUACUCACCAACACACUCAUUGUCUUUGGCCUCGUGGCAUUUGACAACGCCGUCGCCAUCCUGCAUGCUUUCCCCUCCCAUUUCCCUUCCGUGCCCGCUCUGCCUUCGCCUGCACUCUUGGUACGAGCCCUAUUGCUCCCAGCUGCUGCUUACGAUGAGGACCGUAUCGAGGGCCUGUCCGAAGCUGUCGAGAGACUUCAUAAAAAGAGCCGGAGUUUCUAUCUGGCCAGUGCAGCAUUCUCUAGCCGCCUGAGACUGGACUUGAUCGUCCUGUACUCUUUCUGCCGCGUGGCCGAUGAUCUAGUUGACAAUGCUGCCUCGCCUCUUGAGGCCCGCAAAUAUAUCAAACGUCUCCGUACUUUCCUGGAUCUUUCCUACAAAGCCAAGGAUCCCAUGGCGCACGACCAGAACGUUGGUAGUGUGGUUCGCCAUGUCGUGACCGAGUUCCCCCGGAAUACUCACACAGCAUUAUUGCAACUGCCUACUUCGCGUCUUUCUUCUAAGCAUCUCUACGAUCUGCUGAAGGGGUUCGAAAUGGACUUAGGGUUCCAAACAAGCAAAGGAGCCUUGACUUCUGCUUUCCCUAUAAAGUCAGAGUACGAACUGGAUGUCUACUCGUCGCGGGUCGCCGGUACAGUGGCUGCUAUGUGCAUCGAGCUCGUCUUCUUCCACUAUCCUGGAGAAGCGUCUUCGACCUUGCAAGAGCAGAUACUGGAUGCUGGAAAUACGAUGGGAAUCGCGCUGCAAUACACCAACAUCGCUCGCGAUAUCGGCACGGAUGCACUGAUACAGCGCGUCUAUCUGCCGACCAGCUGGCUCAAGGAGGAAAAUCUGACGCCCGAACAGGCGAUUCAGGAUCAGAUAUUUGUAAGUAAGUUCGAACGUCUAAGGAAGCGUCUUCUGGAUCGGUCGUUCGCGUUGUACGAGGACUCACGCAGUGCCAUCGACAAGCUGCCAUCAGAAGUACGUGGGCCUAUGCGUGUCGCAUGCGAGAGCUACAUGGAGAUCGGGCGUACAUUGCGACAGCCGGGCUACAGAGUGAGGAAGGGAGAGGCAACAGUAGACGGCUGGCGCAGGUUGACAGUGGCUUGGAAGGCGCUGCAGUAA